UCUCUAUUGGACAUUUCAUAACCAGUCAGCCGGCCACCCAUUUCUUCGAACGAAAACAUUAGCUAAAUCCUAACUGAAAUGCGGCUGACCAACACGUUGUGUGCCCAGCACAUUGGCUGGCACUUCAAGAAGCACUGGCUGGUCCAGGGCAAACGGGUGCCCAAGGAGACGGGCGCUGCCGCUGAGCUCCUGAAACUGGCAGUGGCUGUGAAGAGUCCCGAGGACAUUCUAAAUCCCAGGAAGGAAAGGAGGAGGGUGGAGGUAGUGGGCGACCGCCAGCAAGCGAUACCCGAGGACAGCAGUCACCCCAACUGGCACUCCACCGUGUGCCAUUCUUACUCGGAUAGCAGUGUCUUGGUAGGCGGAUUGCCGCAGGCCCAGGUGCUCACCAACGCCAUCGAGAUCCAGACGUUUCCCAAGCAGAUUGAGGAUGCCCUGGCCAGCCAGCAGCUGCCCAAUUCCAUUGACAAGAAUGUAAGGCAUGCUGUUGCAGCUGCCCACGUGCUCGAUGCGGAGCAAGUGAAGCUGCCCAAGGUGCGGUUGCCGGAGCGACCGAAUUUUAACCUUCCACGCCCCUACGGAAUUUCCCACGAUAGAGUCAAUCGCCUUCUGGUAAACAAACUCCUGCAAGAGGUGGAAAAACUGGCCGGUCGUUCAGUUUCCGUUAAACGCAAGCUUAUAGAUAAUGCCUCCUUUAAGACCUCCCUGACCAAAGAUGGAGACUUGCUUGGCUUUUCUGUGAAUGCCGAAAAAGUCAUAUUCGCCAAUCGUGGCAUUGAGGGCAUCAAGGGAAAAUUUAAAGGAAACCUGCCCGAUCUUUACCCCAUGAAGAGCACCAUCUCGAUACCGAAAAACCAUAUUUAUCUGACAGACAAUUUCUACCCCCUGAGGACGGAUGUCAACUGCUCGCAUCCCCACACGAUAUUCACGGUCUUCAACAAGCAGCUAGUUGGCAAUGCUCACGGGUCGGAGGUCACAACGUCUCAGCUGCAAGCAAGGACUUUGGUUAAGGCAUUCGUUGUGGCGGCGGCACGAGCCAGGCAAUUGCACGGUCAGUCAGUGCAGGGGGCUUUGCCCAAGCCCAUUGUUGUGCAGAGUGUCCAGACCGACGGACAGACGUUUCACUUUGGAGUCCUGCAGCUAAAUACACUGGAUGUUGGCGCUGAUAGUUCUACGAGGAACUACUGGUUCCACAGGCAGACCUAUGAUCUAUUUACCGAAUGCAAAUACGAGGCGGGAAGAACUCAUUUGGAGAAUUAUAAUGGAGAUGUCUUCCGUAUACUGAAUGCCUUUUAUAACAAUUGUUAAAAUAUAAACGUAAUUAUUUA